AUGGCUUCUUCUUCUAACUCUACUGUUUUCUCUUCCACUAAACGUAAAACCAAUUAUGAUGUGUUUUUGAGCUUUAGAGGUGAAGAAACCCGUAGCAGUUUUACGAGUCAUCUCUAUGCAGCUCUUUGUCAGAAAGGAAUUUUCACCUUUUUGGAUGACGAUAAACUUGAGAGAGGCAAAUCCAUUUCUCCAGGAUUGUUUAAAGCCAUCAAACAUUCAAGAUGUUCAAUCAUUGUUCUAUCGAGAAACUAUGCGUCUUCAUCGUGGUGUUUAGAUGAACUUGUCAAGAUUCUUCAAUGCAUGAAGAACGAUGGACAGAUUGUUCUACCAAUUUUCUAUCAUGUGGAUCCAUCUCAUGUACGGAAGCAGUCUGGAAGUAUUGGGAAAGCAUUCCAAAGACAUGAACAAGUUUUAAGUGAUGACUUAGAAAAGGUGAAAAGUUGGAGGGAAGCAUUAAAGGAAGUUGCUGAUCUAGCUGGAUGGCAUGUACAUAAUAGGAAUGAAGCAAAAUUUAUACAGGACUUCAUCGUAGAGGUUUCAACCAAGCUUGACGUUGCGCCAUUAAACAUUUCAGCGGACCUCUUUGGAAUAGAUUCACGAUUAGAGAAACUGAACUAUUGUGUUCGCACUUCAUCAGUGAAUGGUGUUUGCUUUAUUGGAAUUUGUGGAAUGGGUGGCAUAGGCAAGACAACUCUUGCCAAAGCAUAUUAUGAAUGGAUGUCUUCAUCUUCUCAAUUUGAAGGUAACAGUUUCCUCUCAAAUGUUAGAGAAGUUUGUGAAAAGAAGAAAAAUGGUCUUGUGUAUUUGCAAAAUUGUCUUCUUUCAGAUAUUAUAAAUGGUUUACCUAAAAAGAUAAGGGAUGUUCAUGAAGGAAUGGACAUGAUAAGUGAUAGACUAUGUCAUAAAAAAGUUCUCAUUGUUCUUGAUGAUGUGGACAAAUUGGAUCAGCUUAAAGUAUUAGCAAAUGGAGACUGGUUUGGUUUUGGAAGUAGAAUAAUUGUAACAACUAGAGAUGAAAGUUUGCUUACUAGUGCAUUUAGAAAAUCUAUAAUAUAUAGAGUUGAGGAGCUAAGUAAUAAUGACGCUCUUCAACUUUUUUCUCGGAAAGCCUUCAAAACUGUUCAUCCUUCAAAGGAUUAUGAAGAGAUGUCAAAACAAGUGAUAACGUAUGCCAGCGGUCUUCCAUUAGCUCUCGAAGUAUUAGGUUCCUUUUUAUGUGGCAAAAGUAUAAGGAGUGGAGAAGUGCUUUAG